AUGUUCUCUAAAACAUUCCUUUCUAUCGUUGCCGCAUCUGUCCUCUUCGUGGCUUCUGCUUCUGCCAUUUGUCCCGGGUACAAGUUCGGUAUCGCCCAGACUGGCGGCCAAGCAAAUGGCAACAACGGCGUUUGGCAGGUGUACGAUAACUCUUGCAACGUCGUUCACCAGGCGACUGGGCAGAUGCCGUGCGGCGGUGGCGUGUUCGACUGCAACUCUGCCAAGACCACCUUCACCGGCUUGCACCUCAAUAAUGUCAAGUAA